CAAUCGAUAAAAAUUGUGAAAUUUGGCUGGACUGGGCGAUGCGCCUGCGCGCUGUGGACCGGCCGGUUGCCAUGGUGCCAGGCCGCCGCCAUGAUCGCUCCCCGCAUGAAGUCGCGGUCAGGCCGUUCUCAGGUCGAGGGCUCAACUUCUCAGAACCACCCUUCCCACAAAGUCUCCGACAAAGAUCUUUCAGGAAAGCAGGCGGAUGAAAAAGUGCCUGGAGUGCAAAGAAAAAACACACUGGCCUGGAAAUUUAUUUCCUCUGAACAAAUCUCUGAUCUGAUCCAACUAACAGUGGAUGGAGUCCAAAAAAGAUUGGCGGAAUUUCUACAGCUCAGACUCUUUGAGUAUUGCAUGAAUCAAGGCAUAUUCUUGGAUUAUUAUGUUUCCGGAUUUUGGUGGGCAAAAGAACAGAAAUUUACACUGACACAAAUAUCUACCUUCAUGACUCUAUUGAAAAUCAUUUUGGUGAAUGUCGGUGAGAAACGCUUGUCAUUGCUCGAUAAUUUAAAAGAAUUCAAGAACAUCAUGGCUAAAGUUGUUCAGUCAAGUUCAGAAAAGAAUGAUGACGGGGAAUUCUUCACUGUUGACCAAGGCAAAGCCAUUAUUAGUUACAUGAAAAUCAGUUUAUUUCAGCAUUACAAACUGUAUGAGUUCGUUUACAAUCAUACUCCAAAUGUACAGAUUCUAGACACGAAGCUUGAUGUGGAAGUCAUCAAAUCAGUUGAUCCUUUCCCUUCACCACUGGAGGAGAGUUUAACCUGGGAUAUCUACUCAUCCUACGUUUUGCUGCAACCACCAGAGGAAUUUGUAGAGGAGGUUGUAGUGGAAGCUGAGGAGAGCAGGGAAGUAGCCCAGACCACAUCUGUGGAUCCUCUGGCAGGUUACACCAUAAAUGAUGUCAAAUCAAUACUGGGUGAAGUAACAGCAGAUGUGCUCAGGAAUUUACAGACUGAGAUAAAUGAAAGGCUCCAGAAACAGGAAGAAGCCUACACUGUGAGAAUCAACAAACUUAUCCAGCACUGAGACAUGUGGCAGGAGGAUCUGUCUCCAAACACUGUAGACAUCCGGAUAUGCUGCUUGUGAGCUAAUUAUGUUUCAAAGUAUGUAAUAGCAAGGGGAGAUAUGAAAAGUCUUCAUUUUGUUCACCAAAAGAUAUUUGGCAUAUUGUUUGGGGAGGAUUUGGAGCCAUGCAUCAUGUUUGUUAUGUCUGUGUUCUGUGAUGUGGCUUUGCAUGGUGUAUGUAAACAAGCUGUGGCUUAUCUUUGAACGUGGUGCCUAUUAAGACUACUUCUGGUAAAACAGUUUACCAUGUUAAACACAGAUAUAAAUACAAGUUCUUGUUUUGUU